AUGGGCUGGUUCGGCAUUUCCUUCAUCUCCACAAUCCGCAUAGUCGGCGCCGGCUGCAUGCUCGGCACAAUCACCAACGGUUCCAGAGCAGUCUGGGCCGCCAUCUUUGUCCUGACACAAUGGCACUUCCGCAUCCCCGAACUCAUCUGCUGGGCCGGUCUCGCCAUCUCGAUUGCCGACUACGCCCUGGCAGCCCAAAAGACGGACAACGCCAUGGCCCCCGGCUCGCUCACCAGAGCGGGCGUGGGCCUCUUUGCGGCGCUCUACUUCUGGGGCGUCCUCCUCUUCAUGCUCUUGGCGAAGCAGUGGAAGCAAAUCCCUCAAGCGGAUAUGCGGGCGAUGAUUGGCUUCGCCGGGUGCUUCCCGUUCAUGGUCGUCCGGAUCUCCUACACGAUAGCCUAUGUCAGCACCGGGGAGAGGCGGUUCAGCGCGGUCAGCGGCGAUAAGACGACGUACUUAUUGAUGACUUUUUUGAUGGAGUUUGCCGUUUUGGGAUUUGUGGUGUGGACUAUUUGGGGGCUGGAUCCGGUGUACAAGCAGCUGGAGAAGGUGCGUGGUCAAGACACGGGUGAGAUGGAAGAUCUCGUAGAGUCUCAUGGGCAGAGAUCCUGGCGGUCGGAGCGGAGACUUGAUAGUCAGUAG